CAAUCUUUGUACCAAAUUAUUUACCCCUAAAAAAUGGAGUUCUCUAAGAUAUCUUCUCUUCUUUUGAUUUCCAUACUUUUCCUUUCCUCCCUUACACCCAUUCUUGGUUGUAGCUAUUGUGGUAAACCUUCUCCCAAGCCCAAAAAGCCCAAAACUCCCUCUCCUAUUGUAAAACCACCCAUCAAUUUACCACCUAUUGGAGUUCCACCAAUUAUAAAACCACCCAUCAAUUUACCACCUAUUGGAGUUCCACCAAUUGUAAAACCACCCAUCAAUUUACCACCUAUUGGAGUUCCACCAGUCACAGUUCCACCAGUAAAACCUCCAGUUGAUUUGCCACCAAUUGGAGUUCCACCAGUCACAGUUCCACCAGUAAAACCUCCAGUUGAUUUGCCACCUAUUGGAAUUCCCCCAGUCAUAGUUCCACCAGUAAUUACACCAUCACCUAAAGGGAAAAAACCAUGUCCACCAAGUACAAAGGCAACAUGCCCAAUAAACACAUUGAAACUUGGGGCAUGUGUGGAUCUUCUUGGUGGGCUUGUUCAUAUUGGGCUUGGUGACCCAGCUGUUAAUGAAUGUUGUCCAAUACUUAAUGGGCUUGCUGAACUUGAAGCUGCUGCUUGCCUUUGCACAACACUUAAAGUCAAGCUACUUAACCUUAAAAUCUAUGUACCUCUUGCUCUUCAACUCCUUGUUACUUGUGGAAAGAAUCCACCACCUGGCUACACUUGCUCCAUCUAGGUUUCCAGUCUGAAAUUUGAAGAAUUGCAUGAAUCGACAUGAAAGGAUGUCGAAUUUCUGAUUUAUUUAAUUUUCCUCCACCCCACCCCCAACCCCCUCAAAAUUGUAUUUUGUGUAUUUCUGCUAUUGUUUUCUUUUGGCUUUGUUGAAUUGUUAUUAAUGGAAUUAUUAUUAUUUCAGUGUA